UCAUAUUAUUUUUUUUACACAGAUCAUCAGCUAUACAAUGAUUGGGAUCCAAAAAUGGACGAUUUUGGCAGCUAUUUUGUGGUUGGCGACCUCGGGCGAUGCCAGGCGGAAGCUCAAGCGAGACGAAAUGGAAACCUUGAAGUCGGUGGAAACUAUUGAUAUAGACGAGGAUUAUGUUGAGAUUGAGUCAUGUCAGUGCGGCGUAUUCAUGUCGCAGCAGGUGGGCUUUAAGGACGGGCGCCGCAGCCGACCGCGCGGUCCGCCGCAGGGCGAGCCUGUAGUCACAUACGACACCGACAGCCCUAGCUUGCCGUGCGGUACGGUCGGAUUCAAGCACUGCAUCAGCACAUGCUUGGAUGUGAUACUCAAAUACCUGCCGCGGGCUGGUCCAGUGAUCUGUGGCGCGGUCGAGCGUGACGUGCACCGGGAAAAGGCUUUCCUCUUCAUCAGGAACUGUGGGGGGCAGUGGACCCCCACCAACUUCUCCGCUGGCAAGGAGUUCUGUUGUACUGACGGUCAGCACCACAAAUGCUGAUUUGGGAAUCAAAGAAACAUUAAAAUUCAAGGCUUAACCCGACUGCCGAGCUACGAGAUUACAAUGUAUCUUCAUUCAAUGAAGUCCACUCAUAAAUGAGGUCCUUGCUCAAGCUUAUGUAUACUUAUACAUAAUAGAUCAUAUACUUAGGUAUAAAGACAAUAAUCCUCAGAAAUGCAUUUCAUGAUAGAUACAUACUGUAUAUCUUGUAAAUAUUAUGGGAUGCUGGGAUGGCAACUGCAAUUUCUCAAAAAAUCAAGGUUGUAGCUAAUACAGUGUUUUGUCAUGGUAUAUAGUAUGACAUAGUCCUACCUGACUCUAUGUUUUAUCUUACCUUACAACGGUAAUAUUGCAUCCCAUAGACUAUGAAACAGCUUUAUGUAAUCCGUGGCACAUCCAGACAUCUCAAGAAUGUUUACGUUUAGGGAAAAGACCUAGCUAGGUACUAGGACCUCAUGGUAAAUAAUACAAUGCUUGCGUAUUUUCUAUAAAUUUUGUUAAUGUUUAGAACGUACAAUUAUAAUAAGCUUUUAGAUAAGUCCUUUAUAAUAAGUUAAGAGGAAAAGCAGUAAAAAUUACAAAUACUUAGUAAUAGUACGUUAGUAGAAAAUAUAUAAAAACUUACAUCACAUUUAGGUUUAAUAAUUUUUCACACUACGUUUUGAAGCGGACUUAUCUCGCUCCAAGUCGUAAAUACUGUGCUAGGAGUGGGUAAAAUUAGUCAAUCGAAGAUUGAACCUACUACCCUAAACCUAAUACUUGUACAUAAACUUCGUUUUUUUAGAAUUGCAAAAUGUUUUAAACAAACAUGGCCGUAUUCAUCACUGACAUUAGUUGUGACGUCAUCCUAGGGAUGGGCCGUUGAUGAACUAUAUCGAGAAUUAACUAUAUGUUUUCUGUGCUAAUACCUCGUCGGUAUUGCGCCCAGCUUCGUUACUGUGGAGCUAUUCAGGCUUAGCUUACUUAUUGUAAGUAUUAACAUUACUAGCGUAUCACAUAAGAUUCCAUGGAAUAGAAUAAUAAAUAUAUUAUGGAGAUUUGAUUUAUAUUUUUAUGUUUAAAGAUAUCUUAAGAAAAAAAUAAUAAAAGCAGUCGGCUUAAAACAUUCGAUACAAUAUCAAAAGUUGUUUAGUCUAAUAGGGGUUAUUCUCUACAUUGUUAUAGUCAUCGUAGAGUUCGCCUUCGAAGCUGAAGAGCCUCUGACAAAUUGUAUCAACGUUGCGUCAGCGUUGAAAUGCACAUUUACAGUAUAUAACUGCAGGUGUUAGGGCGGAACGUCACAAAUAGAGAAAUAAGUCAAUCAUUGUGACCUAGUUCCGUAGUCUGCGGGAGUGAGGCCCGUCUCUGAGUGGUGUAUUUUCGUUUUACACCACGUGUUCUCCCAGCAAAAGCAGGAUUUUUGGAAUAAAGCGUUUAAAAAUACACGCCUAUGAAAGUCUUGUUAAAUAGAAGAAUUUUGUUACAAUAAAAUCCUUGGGAAAAGUUGUGCUUAUCUCUACAUGGUCUAAUAGCGUGUUUUGGUUAAAUAUCAAUCAUUAUAUUUAUAAUACUGAAAGAAAGCAUGCAAGUAUGGUUAAACUAUGGUGGCUUUUAAGAGGUAAAGUAAGUUUCUAGUUUUGUCCAACCGAUACAACUAACGAGUACGCUCGACAGAAGGGAUAACCUAAACCUGCUGCGUUACGUUACGAAGCGGUUUACCCUCCACUAAGAAAUUAUCACUUCAAAAAAUACGCUUGGACCAUUGAGGGGAACAUCUAGUACAAUAAAAUAGUUAAGUAGGAUUGUUUUAAGCAAAUAAGC